CGGUAUAUUGAUGCGAUUCUGUUCAGGAUCAUUUUGGUGACACAGAAUCGCUUGAAGCGUAUAUUGGAUCUGUUUAUCGAGAGUUCUCGGUAUCGAAAGACUGUCAGUUCAAACGGAUAACUACUCCGGACGAUCUCGGGCGAAGGCGCUGUAAGAAUUGGCAAAGACUUUGUGUGUGGAGGACAUUAAAAUCACGACUCGAGUCGAUCUCAUUGUAUAUACAAAUGUCGGGAGCAGGCUCAUCAGCAAUUUCGGUCGUUGGAAGCCAUCUUCAUCCAAAUCUCAGCGCAGCGGAAAAGUCAGCGUUCAUUGCGAGUCUAGUCUUAUCCAUACCGCGAAUAGGAUUCGGAAUUGUUCAAGAUCUUUGGGGUGCUCAGGAUUCUUCUUCGAUAUCCCGUCGCAUAGUCUUUCUAAAACACUUCUCUCGGGUGUCCUCGACACUCCCGUUGAGACAAUUACGCUCGCUGAUGCAGCCGACAGGCAGUACUAUCUCGAGUCUCUGCGAGAAGGAGGGACUAUCGCAUGAGACCAUCUCGGUCGACGCAGGCGAGUUUAAUCCUGCAACCUUGCACUUUAUCGGCUGCGGGGCCAGAACACCCGGGAAUGUCUUGUUGUACUUCCAUGGCGGGGGUUACAUCUUUCCGCUGACGCCAGGUCAUUUUAAAUUCGCUCGCGCCGCGGCUGGCAAGUCAAAUCUCGUCAUUCUCGAAUACACUCUGGCCCCGGAGUUGAAAUAUCCUGGACAGCUGGCCCAGGCAGCUGCCACAUUGCGAUACUUGCUGGAACAGCACGAUGCGUCCGAGAUCACUGUCGCCGGAGAUUCUGCUGGUGGGAAUCUGACACUGGCAGUCCUGGCACAUUUGCGUCAACCCCAUCCACGCAUACAGCCGGUAUUCGAAGGAGAGCAGAAGCAGCUCCGGGGGGCUCUUUGCAUCAGCCCCCGCUGCGCUAAUGACUGCACGGCCCUCAGCUAUACCUUGAAUGCCCACAAAGACAUUAUCAGUUCACAUGCCAUGGAGCUGUUCACCUCCAGAUGGGAACCUGUAAAGGAGGAUGUAUGGGCAACGCCGCUUGCUGGUGUAGGGGACUUCUGGGCAAAUGUUCACGCCAAAAGAGUGCUCAUUGUCGCCGGUACCGAUGAGGUAUAUGUGGAUGAUAUAAAGCAAUUCGGACAGGUAAUUGGGUCGAAACAACAAACGAACUCAAAGGUUGAGCUGGUUAUCUGUGGUGGAGAGAUUCAUGUGCAAGCUGUGUUUGACCAUGAAGCUGGGAACUGGGAUGGGGCCAUGUUGAAGGUGGUCUUGCGCUGGCUGCAAGACCUCGAAGGGGACGGAUCGUGAAGUGCUAUCCUUGAAUCACCCUGUCUGAAAGAGAGAGUUAACCCAACGCUUAUCAAGUUACAUCAUAUCAGACAGGGAAGUUUUGGGAUAGAUAGGCAGAGUCUCGAGGUUGUGUUGGGAGGAGGGGAAGCAAGGUCGUGGGUUGGAGCACCUGACCAGUCUUGGACAGAAAGGGAGAUCACUGGACUUUUGAUCUUCUGCCACUCUUAUGUUAUUUUAUAUCACGAUACAACGCUUUUCGUUUUAGAGCAGAGCUAAGUAAUGAGGUACGCUGAUUCAUUUUACCACCU